AUGGUCGUGAACGAACUGCGGCAAAUAUAUUGGAUAAUAAACCUUAGGAGCACUGUGAGGUCAGUCGCAUAUAACUGUCAAUUUUGUAAGGUUCCUAGAUCUACUACUUUCCAACCACCUAUGGGCAACCUUCCAAAGGCCAGACUUGCCCACCAUUGUAGACCUUUUUCGUUUGUGGGACUAGAUUAUUUCGGUCCUGUAACAGUAGCAGUUGGUCGAAGGAGAGAGAAACGUUAUGUGGCCUUAUUUACGUGCUUGACCAUUCGCGCAAUCCAUCUUGAGAUCGUCCACUCGCUUUCAUCAGAUGCAGCAAUAAUGGCUCUAAGACGAUUUAUAGCUCGCCGUGGCACACCUUCAGAAAUCCAUUCUGAUAAUGGAACCAGUUUUGUGGGCGCGAAUAGAGAGCUUCGAGCCUUAUAUUCAGAAGCGAUGUCCGAUUUUGCUGCGGGUGAAAUGAUCAAAUGGAAAUUCAUCCCUCCAUCAGCUCCUUUCAUGGGAGGAUCAUGGGAAAGGCUCGUGAAGUCUGUAAAGACAGCAUUAAAAGUAACUUUAGGCAACAAUACAAGAUCGCCCACCGAUGAAAUAUUCAUCACCCUACUUUGCGAGGCAGAAGCAUUGGUAAACUCACGGCCCCUAACGCACGUCGCGUGUGAUCCACAAUAUCCUGAAGCCCUGACACCAUCUCAUUUUAUAUUAGGCUACUCCUCAGGUCGUCCUAUUCCAGCCAACUUAAACGACAGUGACAUGUGCAGUAGAUCUGGUUGGAGAAGAGCACUGCGUAUGGCUGACCACUUUUGGAAGCGUUGGAUUACAGAGUAUUUGCCCACACUAUCACCACGAAGAUUUGUAGGACAAGUGCCACAAAUUUCAGUUGGAGACGUCGUCGUAGUCGUGGACGGAACGUUACCAAGAGGUACUUGGCCUAAAGGCCUAGUUACGACUUUGUACCCAGGUAGGGACGGCGUGACACGGGUCGUAGACAUCGAUACCCAGGCAGGCGUAAUUCGUAGACCUGUUAAAAGGGUUGUUCCCAUCUGUUUAAGAGGGGAGCAUGUGCAGAACGCACCUUUUUAG